AUGGAGCAAAUACCACUCAAUUCCGAAGCCUCUGAGGGCGAUACCCACAAGCAGACAACCUCAACACUUCCCCAGGACGUCGUUCAGUGUCUGGACAAUGCUCGCUUUCUUCACUUGGCAACAUGUACCGAUAACGUGCCGCACGUUUCUCUUAUGAACUAUACCUACCUCCCAUCAUCGCCUUACUCCAACUAUCCCGUUAUCGUCAUGACAACCAACCCGGCAUCUCGGAAGACUACCAACCUGAUUGCCAAUCCCAACGUAUCACUCCUUGUUCACGAUUGGGUUUCCCACCGACCACCCACUCAGAACCGCCGACCAUCCGGUGGUUCCCCCGGUCCCGAACACCGUUCAAGUCUUGCAUCGCUUCUUUUGAACCUCAACACCUCAGCACUCUCUAGCAUCAGCGCGACCAUAGGAGGCGCCGCUCGAAUGGUGCCUAGCGGAACAGAGGAGGAGAAAUAUUAUCGCGAGCAGCAUCUCGAGAACAAUACCUUUGAAGAGUCUACUAGUCAGUCUUUCCAACGCGACGAUGGACCUCUUGAAGACGGAGGACGAAACUGCUUUGUUGCUGGGGAGGAGGUCAGGGUUGUGACUGUAGAUAUCAAGGACGUGCGCAUCAGUGACUGGAAGGGCACUGUAAGAGACUGGGCAAUUAUCCCACAGGAAAACCUGGUUAAUGGAACCCAGUAG